AUGUCAGCAGCGGCGGCUGUUAUUCCAUUGACGACUACAUUCACCCCACCCUCCUCGUGCUUUGUUAUCAAUGCUGUCGAAACAUUCUCCGAAUACAGUGCUUCUGGGGGCAGCGAUGUGAGCACUGCUAGUAUCUAUUACACAGAAGGGCCCACGACCAGUGCCCUCAUCAUUAUCAAUACCAUUACAGAAACUCGCGCAUCAUGUUGUCCUACACAACUGAACGCGGAUCCCAGCCAAACAGGGGCACUCUGCCAAGGCUAUGCAGUCGAUCAAGAAGGAAAUAUCGAGGGAGUACUUUAUGCAAAGGCUGUUUCUAUUCGGUGGCAGUCAACGGACUUCGUCUUAACUCCCAUCACUACGACUUCCACGACAACGCCCACGGCUGCUACUACGAACACGAAGUCAACCUCCGCCAGUUUGCCUGAAGUACCAGCGAAAACACACUUAGGGUUGACAACAGGAGCGAAAGCAGGAAUCGGAGUGGGUGUUACUCUUGGCGUAAUUCUUGGUCUCGGCGCAGCUCUGGGAUUCUUUUACUUCCGACGCAAAAGACGCGACAGUCCGCCGCGGGGUUCGGACGAGGCGGAGAAUGUGACGGGGGCUGAUAGCACGAGCAAACCUAAAAUCAUGACGGAAGUCAGUGCAGCUCCUGAUCAGCAGCUUGCUGAGCUGCCCACACCGACAUAUUUCAUAACCGAGCUGCCUGCGACUGAUUUCAGCUCUCAGGGACAGAAGCCUGCAGAACUUAUUGGGCAUGUUGAACACUAG